AUGAGUGAGCUCCCCUUCCUGACCCCGGCUGGGGCCAACACAUUCCAAGUAAACAGACCUUCCCCGAGCUCCCUUCAGGAGGUUCCUGAAGCCGCCGCCCCGGAGCCUCGGCACAGUCUAGGCGUCCUCCACGUCUCCUACAGUAUCAGCAAUCGUGUCGGGCCCUGGUGGAAUACCAGAUCCUGUUGGCAGCGGUGGACUAGGCAGAUCCUCAAGGACAUCUCCUUGUACAUCGAGAGUGGGCAGAUAAUGUGCAUCCUAGGGAGCUCAGGCUCGGGGAAGACCACGUUGCUGGACGCCAUCUCCGGGAGGCUGCGGCGCACGGGGACGCUGGUGGGAGAGGUGUGCGUGAACGGCCGCUCGCUGCGCAGGGACCAGUUCCAGGACUGCUUCUCCUACGUCCUGCAGAGUGACACGUUUCUGAGCAACCUCACCGUGCGUGAGACGCUGCGCUACACUGCGAUGCUGGCCAUCCGCCACGGCUCUGCAGACUUCUUCCAGAAGAAGGUAGAGGCAGUUAUGACAGAGCUGAGUCUGAGCCACGUGGCAGAUCAUCUGAUUGGCAACUAUAAUUUUGGGGGAAUUUCCAGUGGUGAGCGACGCCGGGUCUCCAUCGCUGCCCAGCUUCUCCAGGACCCCAAGGUCAUGAUGUUUGAUGAGCCAACCACAGGCCUAGACUGUAUGACUGCAAAUCAGAUUGUUGUCCUCCUGGCAGAGCUGGCUCGAAGAGACCGCAUUGUGAUCCUUACCAUCCAUCAGCCCCGUUCUGAGCUCUUCCAGUACUUUGACAAAAUCGCCAUCCUGACCCAUGGAGAGUUGGUUUUCUGUGGUACACCAGUAGAAAUGCUUGAUUUCUUCGAUGGCUGUGGUUAUCCUUGUCCUGAACAUUCCAACCCUUUUGACUUCUACAUGGACUUGACAUCAGUGGAUACCCAAAGCAAAGAACGGGAAAUAGAAACCUACAAGCGAGUCCAGUUGUUUGAAUCUGCCUUCAGAGAAUCUUCAAUCUAUCAAAAAACUUUGGAGAACAUUAAAAGAACAAAACACUUGAAAACCCUACCCACGAUUCCUUUCAAAACUAAAGACCCUCCAGGAGCUCUCUGUAAGCUGGCUGUUCUCUUGAGGAGAGUGACAAGAAACUUAAUGAGAAAUAAGCAGGCAAUAAUUAUGCGUCUUGUUCAGAAUCUGAUCAUGGGUUUGUUCGUCAUUUUCUUCCUGCUGCGGGUCCAGAACCAUAUUCUAAAGGGUGCUAUCCAGGAUCGUGUGGGUCUGCUGUACCAGUUUGUGGGUGCGACCCCAUACACAGGCAUGCUCAAUGCUGUGAAUCUGUUUCCUGUACUUCGAGCCAUCAGCGACCAGGAGAGCCAGGAUGGCCUGUACCACAAGUGGCAGAUGCUGCUGGCCUAUGUGCUGCACAUCCUCCCCUUCAGCAUCAUUGCCACCGUGCUUUUCAGCAGUGUGUGCUACUGGACGCUGGGCUUAUCUCCUGAGUUCUCCAGAUUUGUGUAUUUCUCUGCUGCUCUGUUGGCCCCACACUUAAUUGGUGAAUUGCUAACUCUUGUGAUACUUGGCAUGAUCCAAAACCCAAAUAUUGCCAACAGUGUAGUGGCUUUGUUGACCAUCACUGGGGUGCUUGUUGGAUCUGGAUUUGUCAGAAACAUACAAGCAAUGCCCAUGCCUUUUAAAGUCUUUGGUUAUUUUACAUACCAAAAAUAUUGCUGUGAGAUUUUGGUAGUCAAUGAAUUCUAUGGAUUGAAUUUCACUUGUGGCAGCUCAAAUAAUUCCGUGAUAAUCAAUCCAAUGUGUGCCCUCACUCAAGGAAUUCAAUACAUUGAGGAGUCUUUCCCAGGUGCAACAUCCAGAUUCACAACAAACUUUCUGAUUUUAUAUUCAUUUAUCCCACUUCUUGUCAUCCUAGGGAUAGUUGUUUUCAAAAUAAGAGAUUACCUCAUUAGCAGAUAG